CGAACUCAUGAGCCCUGACUCCAAAGCCCGUGCUCUUUCCACUGCGCCACGCUGCUUCUCUGUAGCAUGGUGCUUGGCCACCUAGUAAACAAUCGUAAUUGCAAUUAUUAUAGUUUUAAACUUUAGAAUUUUUUUAACCUCACCUUCACCGUAAAAUGAAUAUUCCUUUAGAGGUUUAGCUGACAUGGAGGAAAAGUUUUUCAAACUCCCUUUGAUAUUUAAUUGUAGUUUAAGUAAAUAGAUAAAAAGACUGCUUGGGGCAUCUGUAUUAGAAUAAUCCAUAUACAUACUCUUUUGAAAUACAAACAUUUGGAGUGGUAGGGUGCCAGUUAGAAUAUAAACAAGGAAUACUUUCCUGAAAUGUUCACAACUUUCCCAAGACAUGUUAGAAAGCCCAAGUGUCAGGUAUGCAGAAACAUGCUCAUAUAUGCAAAGAGUAGUGUUUUGCAGAAGUCCAUGAUUGAGUUUGGAGAGCAUCCCCUGUAUCAAAUGACAGAACACAUACGUAAUAAAUGAAAAUAAAACCUCAAAACAUUACAAAUGGCCAUUUCUCCCAUAGUUACCAAAUAGUCAGGUCUUGCAGAAAAUUGAGAAAUAUUUGAUGUACAAAAAAAAAAAGCCAACCUAUCUUUCAUAGCAUUUCUGACCAAAACAUUUUGAAAAAUAUGUUUUUUUCACUGCCAUUUUAAAAUGUCAAUUUUGGAUUAUUGGAAUGGGGCAGUAUAAAAACCAAUGUAUCUCAUCAUUAACACUGAAAAAAUUAAACCCGCGAACUCUUGUAUCCCAAAUUCACCAAAUGCUUCUUUUUUUUAAAGGUAGCCCUUUUUUCUUUAGGAAAUUUUUUUUUUGGUCCUUUGGUUUUUUUAAAUGUAUAGGCUAAAGUUUUUUCCAAGUAUUUUAAAAUAAAUUUUGAAAAACUUCGAGACUUGGCAGAAAACAUGCAAUAAAAAAGUGUACUGCCAGGUCCAUGUUUAGUCUUUUCCAAAGGCUCACUUAUCAAAGAGCAUAUUAACACAGGAUGAGCGAUAAAGCUCAAUCUGAAAACAGUUUUUAAGGGGUAAAAAUUAUAGGCAUUAAAAAAACUGACUUUAAUAGUGAUAGUCAUUGAAUAUUCAAAAUGUGCUAAGUGCUGUAUACAGUGCUGAUUGGGGCACACUUUUAAAAACUUUAAAAACCCCACACACAUUUAGGAAAUAAGUCAAUAUAUUUGAAAUAUUUUUAAAAAGUCAGUCCACCUGAGAUUCAAGGAGUUUUCAAAAUUGAAGUACUCUAAACAUUUUUGAUUAGCCGGGAACUUUGGAGGGGGGAGGGGGGGGAAAGCCAUUGAUUCUGGAGUAAAGAUCCUAAACAAAAUAAAAGAGAAGGUUGAGCUUUAGUGUUUUGUGUUUAGUGCCAAAUCCUCAAGGUCCAGUUCUUGGUCCUUAAAAGGUAGAGGUUUUCACUUUUUAAUAAUGUUCUAAAAAGGUUUCCCAGGUAUGAUUUCAGGGGCGCUUCAGAAGUGAAAAAUUGGAAGUAGAGUUCAUCACACCAAAUUUAAAUAACCUCGAAAGUUAAGGUUAAGCAGGAUGAUCCCUAAAUAUUUAAGGAAGAGAUGGCAUUUUCUAAGGGAGAGAAUAGAAAGCCAAAGAAUCGAUGGUGGGAUGGGUUUGCUAAAGUAUGUCCAGGAGUGUUCUUUCCUGCUUCCUCCUCACCGGCUUUACAUUUUUAUACCCGUCUCCCCAAUGUACGCUUUCACGUGAGGAAGGGCAAAUAGUAGACGCCUUGGGGCUCUAGUUUCUAUUUCCAGGAUAAUCAAUCGCCUUACCGGAGUGCACUAUUAAGUUUGGAAAGUGGGGGAAAAGCAAAAGCAAACGGAGAGUCGAGAGAGUCAGCCCCGGUGGAGUUGAUGGAAGAGCCCUUCAAAGAACCCAAAAAAAAGAAAAAGCGUCCUCACCUAAGCGUCUUUCCUACGUUAGAACCGAAGUUUUAACGUAGGAAAAGAGAGCCCUCCGAGAAGAAAAUGAAGCCCAGAGUGAGAGGGUGCGGGGGGGAGAGAGGGAGAGAGAGAAAGAGAGAGAGGAGUUAGCAGCAGUAUUAGCGGGAGCCUGGUGCUGCUGGUGUGUGUGAGCGGAGUGAGUGUGUGUUGCUUGUAGUCUGUCUCCUCUGGCUGGGAACUCCUGCUCCUGUCUCUCCCCCUCUCCCCCUGCUGCUGCCUGCUGCCUGCCAGCCCCUGAUGUGAUGGCGCAGAAACCCCGUUGACAAGGCACUGCUUUUUCAUGACGGAAACAAGUUAUGAGAUAAAACUAGCCAUGCAGUAAAAAGUCAACUCAGAGCUUGCGUUUUAGCGCUAUGUAUAAUUUAAUAUAAGAUCUACUGCCUUAGGAUCGAGGCAUUUAUUAUUUUUAUUGAAGUAUUCCAACCAGCACCCUACUGAGUUGUCAUGGAUGAUGAUGAUGAAUCCUGCCUCCUUGAUCUUAUUGGAGACCCACAGGCAUUGAAUUAUUUUCUACAUGGACCUAGUAGCAAAUCCAGCAAUGAUGACUUGACUAAUGCAGGAUAUUCUGCAGCCAACUCAAAUUCAAUAUUCGCCAACUCCACUAAUGCCGAGGCCAAGUCAUCCAUCAAAGGUGUGAGCAGCCAGCUUGGAGAAGGCCCCAGCGAUGGCCUGCCACUCUCCAGCAGCCUUCAGUUUCUCGACGAUGAACUGGGAUCUUCUCCUCUCCCCGACCUCAGUGAGGACCAACCCUUUGACAUCCUCCAGAAGUCCUUGCAGGAAGCCAACAUCACCGAACAGACGCUGGCCGAAGAGGCGUAUCUGGACGCCAGUAUAGGUUCUAGCCAACCGUUUGCACAAGCUCCACUUCAUCCUCCUUCAUCAGCAUCCUUUACUCAGGCCUCUAACGUUUCUAAUUUCUCAGGUCAGACGCUACAGCCUAUCGGGGUGACCCACGUGCCCGUGGUCCAGCAGCCGGUUGGAGCAUCGUUUGCAAGCAGCGCAGUCGGGGUGCAGCAUGGCUUUAUGCAACCCGUGGGGAUCAGCGUCCCCAGCCAGCAGUUGUCUAACAGUAGUCACAUCGGUGGGUCGGGGCAGAUCCAGCUGAUCGGUUCAUUCGGUAACCAGCCGUCAAUGAUGACCAUUAACAACCUAGACGGAUCGCAGAUCAUACUGAAGGGCAGCGGGCAGCAAGCCCCCACCAGUAUGAGUGGCGGGCUCCUGGUUCAUCGGCAAACCCCUAAUGGCAACUCGUUAUUUGGGAACUCCACCUCGAGCCCGGUCGCGCAACCCGUUACCGUUCCAUUCAACAGCACAAACUUUCAGACAUCUCUGCCCGUGCAUAACAUCAUCAUACAGAGAGGCCUAGCACCAAAUUCGAACAAAGUCCCUAUCAAUAUCCAACCAAAGCCUAUCCAGCAGACAGCUUACAACGUGAAUAAUUUGGGAAUCCAGCAGCAUCACGUCCAACAGGGCAUCCCCUUUGCGUCCGCCAGCUCGCCUCAGAGCUCGGUCGUCAGCCCCCACAUGUCAGUCAAUAUCGUCAACCAACAGAACGCCCGGAAACCGGCGGCCUCCCAAGCGGUGAGCAGCACAGGAGGCAGCAUCGUGAUCCACUCUCCCAUGGGACAGCCUCACGCGCCUCAGAGUCAGUUCCUCAUCCCGACUGGCCUAUCGGUAAAUUCAAACUCGGUUCACCACGUCCAGACCAUCAACGGGCAGCUUCUGCAGGCGCAGCCCUCCCCGCUCGUCCCCAGCCAAGUAUCCGCGGAGCAUGUGAUGCUGAACAGGAAUUCUUCCAACAUGCUCAGGACCAACCAGUCGUAUUCAGGGCAGAUGUUGAACAACCAGAACACUGCGGUCCAGUUAGUGUCCGGGCAGGCCUUCACGGCUCCCGGAAGCCAAGUGAUAGUCAAUCAUGGGUCCCCUCAGAUCGUCAGCGGGCAAAUGCCAUUGCAGCAGGCCUCGCCGACAGUGUUGCAUCUAUCACCCGGCCAAACCGGCGUUUCCCAAGGAAGGCCGGGCUUCACCUCAAUGCCGACUGGACAGCCCGCGGUCGCGAACGUGUCGGUACCCAACCGGUUCACCGUCGUGAGUUCUUCGGCCACAGUCCACCCCAGCCCGGGUUCCGCAGUUCAGUCCGUGGCAUCGGGAUCCAAUUUUACAGGAGAUCAGCUUCCGCAGCAGAGCAGAACUCCAGUUGCAGGCAGCGGGUCUCAUCGUCUUCCAGCGUCCUCUUCCAAAUCCACCAGCACCUUCAGCAGUACUCCGGGAGCAGGCCCCCAACAGCAUUUUUCUUUCUGCCAGACUCAGAAAAAAAGUUUGAACCAGACUCCCUCAGUUUCAACAUCAAAGACCCCCGAAGGCUUGAGGCAACCACAGAUCACUGGUCUCCCGAGUAAUACGUUGCCAGGUCAGGAUUCUGGAAACAAAGUUAUACAGCCGUCCUUAGGAUCAGCACAGCCACAGCAGGAAAAAGUAGUUGGAGCAUCACCUGUUCAGCAAAAUGUGGAUAGUCAUACAGUUGGACAGAAGAGGCCUGCAGCUAAACAGCUAACUAAAGGAGCUUUUAUUCUCCAACAGUUACAAAGGGACCAAGCCCAUGCAGUGACACCAGAUAAAAGUCAGUUCAGAUCACUAAAUGACGCAGUCCAGCGGCUGCUCUCAUAUCAUGUGUGCCAGGGAUCACCGCCAACUGAAGAGGAUUUAAAGAAAGUGGAUAGCGAAUUUGAAUCCGUGGCCACUCAGCUUCUGAAGAGGACUCAGGCUAUGCUCAACAAGUAUCGAUGUUUGCUCAUCGAGGAUGCCAUGAGAAUAAAUCCUUCUGCUGAGAUGGUCAUGAUCGAUAGAAUGUUUAAUCAGGAGGAGAGAGCAUCGCUGUCCCGAGACAAGCGCCUGGCACUAGUAGAUCCCGAUGGUUAUCAGGCGGAUUUCUGUUGUUCCUCCAAACCGCCAGACGCCGUCAGUGCUGAAACCCUGGGCAGCAAAAGCGAACCGCCUGGGAGCAGCAAAACCCUCAGCUCGCCCCACCCGACCUCCAAGGCCAGAGAGCGAGGCAAGCCCGCCCCGGCCGACUCCGCAGAUCGCGACAGACUUCAUAUAGUGCCUAAUCACAUUGCCGUCUCCCAAGAAGGAAGUGCUUCUAAGAAACCCGAGAGCCUCAGCAGAGCCCUGAAAGUCGACAAGUCCAGCCGCCCUCCUGACGUCCGGUACGGAAGCGGGUCUGACGAGAAGGUGUCCGGAAAAGACCGGGGCCGAGCCAGCGAACGCGCCCCGAGCCCUGAUGACCCUUCGAAAACCUUGUCCGGAUUAGAUCGCGUUACGGAGAACAAACCGUCCGGUGUCGCGAGCGACUCUCACUCAGAAGAGAUCCAGAACAAUUCCCUCCAAGACCAAACUCUGAGGAAUUCUCCAAAGAACGAGGUUUCCCCAACAGACAUCCCAAACAGACCCCGACCGGAUCUGACCCUCAAUAAGAGUUUAGAAACAACUUUCAAGAAUCUUUUGGAACUGAAAAAACCUGGGAAACAAAGUGACCCAGCUGGCAGUGGCUCUGUAGAUUUGGAUUUUCCCCAUUUUUCACCCCUGGCUUCCCAAGAAAACUGCCUGGAAAAGUUUAUCCCGGACCACAGUGAAGGUGUUGUAGAAACUGACUCCAUUUUAGAAGCAGCUGUAAAUAGUAUCUUAGAGUGUUAAAAAGGACAACACCAUGGGGGGGAGGGAGGGGGCUAAUCAUGUAUCUCCUAGCGGAAGCAAAUGGAAAAUUAUCCCCCUUUCAGCCCAGCUGAUCUGUCACAGUUCCUUUCUCAACUAGAUUCUGUUCUGUGUUUGAGAGCAAUACUCAUCGUGGUUACAGGGAAAUACCCCGUAAAGCUAAAGCUACUCCUUGUUAGAAAGCAGUCUGUGAGGGCUUACGCAAUCCGAGGCUUAGUUUAGGGUGAUGAUUAUGGUCUUUAUUUUAACACUGUAACUGAAUGAGAUUGCAGUUCACUCAGCCCAAGGUAAUAUGCUGACAAUCACGUGCUGUUGGAAAGAGCAGAUGAGAGCAAAUCAAAAGACUGAUCAAAGCCACUUUUUUUUUUUUGUUGUUCCAUUUUGUUUUGUUUAAAGUCCCACAGAUCUCCCAAUUGGAGGAUGUUUUAGGAAGGCCUUCCGUCUCCAGCCCCUGUAUCCCUCUGCACUGUGCCUGAGGGUCUGUGUGAGCCAGAUUCUGAAUCCAAAUGAUGCCAUCUGGCUUUUCCAAAGCUCUGGAGUCAAUGUUUAAGUGCUUUUCUGUUGCUCAUGGAGCGAGACCUUGUUUCUUACGGAAUCCGUAUCGGGUGAAUUUCAUCUACGGAAUGAUUUAUCCUCGGUCAUGCUAGGCCGAGUCCGAGAGAACAAAAAGCCUGUAAAAGGCAAAGUGUACAGGAGGCGGCCAUGAUUAUAUAUGUAAUAUACAGAAAUGCAUACAUAUGUUAUCUAUUGAGGAAAAAGUUUGGCGUCUUAUAAUUGGCUAGAGUCAACCCAAGUCUUUCUGAAGUAGUAUGUUUUUGUUUGGUUUUGAAAACAAACCAAGUGUUGUCAGAAGCACUUUUAUUUGAAAGCUGUGUUACGACAUUUGAAUUUCUACCUUUGGGGGGCUUGAGCCUCCAUCUGAGAAAACUCCAGGCCGUUGUUUUUGCUUGCUAAAGCUUCUUGCCGUCCAAGAGUUGGAGCCCCUGCCAGGAGCAGUUGUGAUUACCAAAAUACGCACAGACCAAAGUGACCCUGCUUACCCGUGGUUCCCAAAUCAUCUCAAAACAUUCUCUCCAUAUUUUUCAGCCAAAGUUGCCCUGGGAUGAUUUCUAUUUGGCCUAAGUGUGUGUGGAUGGGAAUAGAAUAUUGUGGCUCUGUUGUUUUUAAUUUUAAUUUUUUUUUAAUCUAAGCAUUUUUCCCUUAUUCCCCCUUCCCCCCAAUCCCCAUCUCUACUUCUCUUGCACACUUUGGUCCUCCAUGGUUUGUGCCCAAGAACACUCUACAGCAUCUGGAAUGGCUGCCACAUUGUAUGUCAGGGCAGAACUUAAGAGCUAACAUGAUCACAGCACUUUUCCUUCUCUCUGUCUAUUUCUCUCUAUCUCUCUUUCAAUCUCUGUCCCUCUCCUCCUUUUUGCAGGCCCACUCUGGUCUUCACUUUGCAUAUCUAACCACCUUCUCCAAUCUGCUCAUUGCCAUCAUAGGAACAGAGAAGAUGGUGGUGAACCAACUCUGGUUCUCUUCAGAUCCCCUUGAGUGGAAGGGGUGGUGAGGAGGUGCCGGGAGGGAAACCAUUCCAACCCCCAGUUUCCCCCUCGGCAGAUGAAGCUCCCAUUCCCCACCGGGUUCCAAGAGAAAACCAACUGAGGAAAGAAACAGUCUGACACAGGAAUCAAAGUAAGAAAAAUAAGGGCCAAUUUUGAUUGCCAUUUUUUAAGAAACUUGUGCCAAUGCCCAGGUGCAAAUUUGCUCUAAAUAUUGUAACAUGAUGAAGAAAAUUUUACUUUCUUGCCAGUUGUAAAUUUCUGUUUAGGCACCCUGGGUCAGGUCGGCCACCCUUCUCUUGGUAAUGGGGCUCAUUCUGCCUGGUUUAAGGGAGACUUAGUGAUGACCCCCAGAGUACCCAGGCCUGCUCCUCCAUGGAUCACAUGCGUUCCUGUGACCUUUUAGUAGGCUGACGGUAAAGCACAUGAGGGAUUUAAGUUCACUUGAAUUUUCUAGGAGGAAAUAUGUGCCUCGUUGCACUUUUCUCAACCCUCCUCAUUCUGGGUACCACCUCCAGGCAAGCUUGAGGAUUCCCUAGCACUUGUCUAGCAAAUGUAGAGCCCAAUUUACCCAACUGAAACUUGUAAAUUUUAUGUCCUAUAUGUAAGUUUACGUUUUAUGGGCUAUGAAUUCUAGAUAAUGACAAAUGAAGAUUAAGAAUUGUAUUUUAUUCUUUUUGAUUCCACACACACACACACACACACACACACGUCAGUUCCCCUCACUUGAGAACCCUUUGGGCUAAAUUAAGUGGAUUAGCUAACAUUCAGUUGUUGAGGUUCGUUCACUCUAACCUCAAUUUUAAGGACACGCAUAGUCAGUAACAAAAAAUCAUCUUUUGUUUUUUUGGUUGUGAAACAACCGUGGAUUUGUUAUUAAGCAUUUGAUUUUCCAUGUCUUUCAAACUGCCUGAUGUUAAAGGAGAGUUUAAACGGUCAAUUUCAGAAAAGGUUUUAAUUCUGGAGAAUCUAGUAUCAUUUGUCUGUUAGAUUAGGGAGGCCUUACAGACUGACUUGACUUAAAGAGGAUGUGUCACUUACUGUCAGUGUGGUAUGGACUUUAUUUGCUUAAAUACCUUCAUUUGUAUAGUCUGUCUCACUUGAAAUUGCUUUGUAUACAUUUUGUAAAAAUAUUUAUAAAAUGUUUUGUAAAAAAAAAAAAGUAUAACAAAUUGCAGUUUAUUUUGUUAUGUUGGAUAAAUACUGUUAAAAGAAACCAGUCAGUAACUAUAUUGUUAAUCCAUGGUUAGGAAAUGUUUAGUUGGAGAUUACAAAUUGAAACAACCAUUGCAAUACAGCCAAAGAUUUGGGAAAAA